AUGUCGAGCGGUGUUGAAGCCCCUGGUGACGUUCCGCCGGGAGCUCGCGGUGAUGAUGAACCUGCCGCCUCGGAGCAGGAAGUGUCCGUGGGAAGUGAGCGACACGAGAGCACUGGAGAGGAGUGGGGAUACGACUACUCCGGUGAUGUGACGUGGUGGGAGCCAAGGGCCGGUUGGGACUGGUCGUGGAAUAGAUCCUACCGCGGUGAUGAGCAAGGACGAAGGUCCAGCUGGACUACGAGCUGGGACGCCUACAGCACUGAGGCCUCUACGCGACAUGAAGGUUCCUGGGGACGUGGCCACCGGCAUGAAGACGGGUGGUACGAGCACGGCGACGACGACCGAGAUCAUCGUUCUGACCACGACGAUUAUGAAGGAGUAUGGCGCGAUCCCUGGGCGGAUGGUCGAGCCGGAGGGUCCGCGUGGCACGACCCGCCGCAAGAAGAUCGUUAUGGGAGCUUCGUCGGCUCUCUUGGCAAAGGCGACCCAGUCUGGAGUGGAUGGAAGCACUUUACUCAUGGUGACGGCAGCUUCCAGUCCGGCUCCGGCGACUCCGGAGGCCAGAAGGGCGGCAACCCGCGGCCCUCAGAGAAACUCUCUGUGCCCACCUUCGGCGGAGGUGAUGAUGAUGAUGUGGGGACGUCUGCUCGGUCUUAUCUUCGACAAGUUGAAGCAUGGCGGCGACUCACCUACUUGCCACCAAACCAGCAGGGCUUGGUGUUGUACCGCCACUUGACCGGGAAGGCUUGGGUCGCAGCUGAGGAGUUGAACGUAGACGCCCUCAGCAGGGGCGACGGCGUCCACUACUUGAUGAGUUGGUUGCGGAACAGGUACUUGGACCUCGAGGUGACCAGAAUCGGCAAGGCCCUGUCCGAGAUGUUCCGCAAGCUUCGUCGUCGUCCGGGACAGUCUAUACGUGACUACAACGCGGAAUAUGACAGGUUGCACGCACGCCUGAAGGAAGUCGGGUGCAUGUUGCCGGAAGAAUGUGCUGCUUGGUUGUACGUAGACCGGCUCCAACUCGAAGAUGGCGCCGAACUCAAUCUCCUUGCGAGCGUGGGCAACGUCUACUCCUUGAACAAGCUCCAGAAAGCAGCGAUCAUCCAGGACAGAGGACUCCGGAAACCUUGGGAGUCAACCGCAAAGGGUGGUCGCAAGCCUUACACGGCACAUGUCACCGACCACCCCGAUGAUGCCGAUGAUGAUUCAGGACGCGAAAUGGUGGAUGGUGAUGGUGAAGAGUGCAUGCCUGAAGAAGUCGCGGUCGCCUACGUCACCUACCAGACGGCCAAGAACAAGUACCGCGAGCACAGCAAGGCUCGCGGCUUCAAGGGCGAGAUUGGGAACAACGAUGGCGGCUCAGGCGGUGGCAAAGGAGGAGACGGCGCCGGGAGCGCCGCUAAGGUGCGUGAUGAGAAGCUGAAGCAGAUCAAAGCCAGGUCGUUCUGCUCCGGCUGUGGGAGGCGAGGUCAUUGGCACAAAGACGAGGAGUGUCCCAACAAUACUGGCACAAAGGACCACCAGGGUGCCAGGCAAAACGCUUCCGUCAAAGAGGUCUGUGUGACGAUGCCGGCCGAAGUCAUGACGGUGAAGCACGUGAGCGGCCUGCUCUUGGGGAUCACAGACACUGCUUGCUCUCGCACUGUUGCUGGCACUCAGUGGCUCCAGGAGUACAUGGACCGGAUCGGCGAGGACGGCGCCCAACCUGAGCUUUCUAAGGAGUGUGAGGCUUACAAGUUCGGGACGGGGCGCAUUCAUUACUCGUCGUUCAGCGUGCUGCUUUCCUUCUCCCUUGGUGACAAGAUCGUACAGCUUCGAGCCUCUAUUAUCCCGGGAGAUGUGCCCCUGCUUCUGUCCAAGACGGUCUUAGGCAAGAUGGGGAUGAUCUAUGAUGUUUCGGUCGGUUGUGCUGAUUUUACACAUGUGGGGCUGAGGAACUACAAGCUCCUCGCCACUGCGUCGGGGCACCCUGCGAUCCCGAUUGUGCCUGCAAAGCCGGCUCACGGGUUCAAUUCUGUCUUGCCGGUCGAAGAUGUGAGCCUCGAGCCCCGCGUGCAAUACACGGUCCAUGCAGUUGCGUUUUCCGGAGUUAAGCCCCAGAACUUCUACAACCUCUACUACGAGAAGAAACUUCCCCCCGAAGUUAAGAACAUGCUCAACCAAACUCACCUUUGCCGUGAUGACUUUAUGACAUGGUGGAAGCAGUGUGAAGUUGGGGGAGUACAGAAGCUGUUUGCUGCAGUUCCGAGAGGUGGCUUGAGACAGUCGUUGAUCCAUGGACUGUCUUUGACAAGAGACCCCAAACUCUCGGAGCCACUCGUCGCGCCCUCGAUGGACAGCUCACCAUGCAAUCCACCCGUGGCGAUCAGCAAGAUGACGAAACCGCAACUUCUUGCAGAAUGCAUUCGCCUCGGCCUCACCGUCCACAAGUCGUGGAGCUCGGAGGAGAUCAAAGCCGUGAUCAUGGAACACAGGGAGAGGAUGAAGGACGGCGACGCCACCGAGAAGAUGAAGCGGCUCGCCCACCUCACCAUGGAGGAGCUCAAGUUGAAAGCCCGCGAGCUCGACGUUGCCUUCCCGGAGAAGAUCACCAAGGGCAAUCUCCUACGUUUGGUGAGAGACUCGUUGAACACACCGGACAACGAGUUGAUGAAGAUCGGCAAGUUUCGCGGGAUGGAGUUCCGCGAGAUACCGUGGCAAUACGGUCAAUGGGCCAGCAACGAAGUGAAGACCUCCAAGACCGCGGACCCCGACUUGGUCCGCUAUGCGCGCUGGUGGGAGAACAAGGAGGCGAACAACAAGGGCUACGUCGCGACGAUCGACCAGGCGAGCCACCGGGCAAUCCCGACGGCAACGAGCUCGGAAGCGGGCUCGUGGGACACAGUGACCAGUCACUGCUGGGAGACGAGUUGGAAUCCAGCUCGUACGGCGACCUCAGAUCAAGGAAGGCAGAUGCCGCUGCCUCCCGAGACGAGUUCUACUACCAACACGAAGAGGCGCCCACCGAGCACCACCAAGGAGGUGAUGGAGGACGAGAUCGACGAGGAGACGGCCGAGGAGAUCAAGAAGUUGGAGCUACGCUUGGAGUUCGCGGGCAAGUUCCCGCGAGAGGGCUGUUGUGGAGUUGCCGUUGUUUUUGAAGACGUACUCGUCGACGGCGACCUCACGAAGGCCUUGAGCGAUCAGCACGACGUGUUCAAGACCACGGCGAACCCCGCAGGAGCUCGUGAAGAUCUUCCGCUUGGAGAACAACUCGCCCAGCAGGCCUAUGAGCGAGCUGAUUUCCGCUUUGCGACCCUGCAGCGUAUCCUCGAGAACUCUGACUUGAAACCCCGCCGCAAUGAUCGAGGGACUCCCUUCCACGACAGCGACCCCGAAGUCAAGAUGCACAACUACUUCACCUUCGGGCUCUUCACCCAUGGGGGCGUGCAGGGGAUCACAAAGCUCACCGUCGAGAGGCCCCAUCUUGCCCGCUACCUGAACUCGUUUGGGAUGACCAAGAUGAAUAACGGCGAGACAUGGACUUCGGUGACCAUCGGGAAGAAUGUGGAGGCUGGGAUCCAUCGCGACUACAACAACCUACAAGGGACUGCGAACUACACGUGUAGCUUUGGUCAAAGUGCAGGAGGCGAUCUUUGGUUGGAGGACAAGGAUAUCGACGAGGGCAGCGUGCAGCACGGCAACUUCAUUUGGAAGCGAAGUCGUGGUGGCGCAUGGCUACCUGGACGCACCCGAUCCACCAAGGAGAAGUUCCUCGCUUUCAAUCCGCACCACCACCACUGUACCUGUCCAUGGGAAGGAGAUCGCUGGAGUGUGACCUAUCACACCACCCGCGGCGUGAUCAAAGCGAGCAAAAGUGUGCUGCAAGGUGCUCAACAACGUUGGCUACCCGCUCCCCAAGCUACGAGGAGUGCGUUCUUCCCCUUCCACACGGAGGCCAAAGAAGAGCAUCAGGAAUAUGCUGGCCAAUACCGUUGGUCGUUUGAGCGUGAUGAUGACGUCGACCCCAUCGUGAUGUUCGAGAUCGGAGGGAUCGACGCUACCUAUGAGGCGGUGGAGCUCGGGAAGGCUGUGAUCGAACCCAUGACGUGGGAGGACUACGGCAUCCCACGUCGACGAGAGGAUGCGGUGCACUUCGUGAAGGCAGCUUCACCCAAGGAGCUGCGGAUCAAUCUCCAAGAGAUGCCCGACGACUUUAAGAAGGAGAUCCUCGCCCUGGCUAAGGAGCAGCUCGGAGAAGGUGGAAGUGUGGUCUUUCGAGGAGGCGAUCCGAGUUUCGCCUUGAAGGAGUUCGCCGGGAGUCUGCUAUGGAACUAUCAAGAUCAACAUGGUGAAAGAUGGGCCGGGUUUGGAGUUCAAAGGCCUGGCGAGCAACAAGUCGGAGACCCUCGGCAUCCUCACCAAGUGUUCGUUGUAGAGGAAGAGGCCAGCAGUUCUGUCAAAGCAAAAGAGCAGCGUCAUGAUGGGAGCGCCAUCACUUUUGAAGCCGGGGUGAGUCCGAUCAUCCAGAGUUCACUUCGCCGACUACACCAGAACCUCGGCCACCCCCGACGUGAAGACCUUGUGCGACAUCUACGACUAGCCGGCUGUGAAGAUGCAGUGCUCAAAGCCGCCAAAGGGAUGAAGUGCGAAGUCUGUGCCAGUUGUUCUGGUCCCCGAAUUGCCAGACCGAGUGCGGUGCCACGCAUGUACGACUUCAACGACUGCGUUGGUGCGGACCUCCUUCACCACCACGACAUCGACGACGUGAGGCACACCUUCCUUUCCAUCGUCGACUGGGGGACGUCUUACCACAUCGUUAUCCCCCUGUCUGGGCUCGACAACGAGGACAUCGAGAAGGCCUUCAACGAUCAGUGGGUCGUGCCUUUCGGACCGCCGAAGACGGUGUCAUUGGAUCUGGACGGCGCGGUCCAAAAGGGCAUUUGUCGGCUUUGCGAGUGGCACAACAUUGCUGUGAAGAACGUCGCUGCGCAAGCCCACUGGCAAGCAGGCAUCACAGAACGACAAGGUGCUUGGUGGAAGAAUAUAUGGGACAGAGUCCGCCACGAGCUGUCCAUCACAAAGGACGAGGUGCAUCUCGCCGCUAGCAUUGUCUCCAGCGCCAAGAACGAGCUCCGACGCCGAUGUGGACACACUCCGACUGAAUGGGUCUUUGGACGCCAUCCUCGGCUUCCAGCUGGACUUGUUGACCCCGAUGGCGGAGAAAAGGUUACCUGGGACGUGACUCCAGAGAGUCAAUACCAGAGGGCCACCGCUAUUCGGACAGCGGCCCGUCUCGCCUUCCACCAUGCUCAAGGAGACAGUCGUCUGAGAAAGGCCCUUCUGCAGCGGGCCCGCACAACUACGAGGCCCAUUGAGGUUGGAGAGAGUGUGCACUUCUGGGACCAACCCAAGAACCGCCGACGAGGCAGGUGGGCUGGACCGGCCGUUGUGGUCGGCCGUGAAGGAGAGAACUACUGGAUUUCCAAGAACGGGCGAUGCCGCCUCACCGCUGCUGAACAUCUACGUCCCUCCGGUCCUGAGGAAGUCGGAGAAUACCUACGGGUCAAAGGUGCCCAAGCCGAGGUCGAGAAGCUGUUGGAGAUGGACUUUGAUGCUGACGAGACCUACGACGCCGAGAAACUCGACGCCAUGGAACUUGGAAGUGAUGAUCAAAUGGUGGCCGAUGACCACCUCUCCGACUACUCUCCCAGCGACGUGGAGCUUCCGGAUCCUGCACCACCUGGUCCUCCGCCUUUGAGACGAUUGAAGAGGAAGACAAGGCCCGGCGACAUUGUGGACGAUGACAAAGAAGUGAACGAGACCUACUUCUCCAAGAAGGAGCUGACGCAGCGUGGCGUCGAGAAGCGCCAGGAGAAGGAACUUAGGUGGGACGAGAUCCCACGAGACGCCCGGCCCCAGUUCAAAGAGGCCGAGGAAACGCAAUGGAAGGAGCACCUGGACUUUGACGCCCUGGAGCCCCUCAGCGUCGCGGACAGCGACCGGGUGAGGGAGCAAGUCGAUGCAUCCAGGAUUCUCAGAUCCCGAUGGGCGUACAAGGACAAGAAUUGGUCAAAGCGCAGGACCGAUGAGUCGACGCCCUGGAAGUGUAAAGCGAGGCUUGUAAUCGCUGGACAUACUGAUCCAGACUUGGCCAACGGCUUGUCCACCGAUGCUCCUACACUGUCCCGUCCUGGGCUGAUGUGCCUUCUGCAGUUGCUCGCCAACGGUCUGGGCGAAAGUGACCCCUGGCGGGCCAGUGCCGGGGAUAUACGAUGUGCCUUUCUGACCGGCGGGUACUUGCGACGCGAAGAAGAGCUCUUCUUGCAUCAGCCUUCCACAGGCUUUGCCGGACUCCAUCCUCGUCAACUGGUGCGUAUCAAGAAGAACAUCUUCGGGCUCGCUACGAGCCCACACGAGUGGUGGGGUGACCUACAGAGUGGGAUAAAAGGGGCCACAGUUACCAUCGAGGGUGCUGACCACAUCUUCGAUCAAUGUGGCCUGGACCCGUGCAUCUUCAUCCUCCGGAGAGUCGUCGAUGGCAAGAUGUCCGGACCCCCGGUUGCCUACGUCGGUACUCACGUCGACGACUUGUUGGUGGUCGCUCCGAGAUCCGUUGGCGAUGCGGUGAAGAGCGAGCUCUCGAAGGUUUUCCCGGUCGAUUCCUGGGAAGACGACGAGUUCGCCUACCUGGGAUCUGAGAUCAUCUGCAGGGAGGACUCAGUGCUCUUCAGGCAGAAGCCCUACAUCGACAGCCGCCUCUUUACGAUCGACCUCCCCAAGAACGUGCAUGAAGAUGACCUGGCGGACAACGACUGCCUCGCCGACAACCGGAGCUUGAUCGGGGCGUUGAGCUGGGUCUCAGCUCAAUCGAGGCCCGAUUUGACGUGUUCGGUGUCCAUGGCACAGCAACUACAGAAGUGCCCCACGUACGGUGACGUCAAGUUUACCAAUGGGAUCUCCAAGAAGGCGACUGAGCUCUCCGAGGAGGGAUUGGUCUUCUACAAGGUGGACAACAAGGAGGCAGUGUUUCUGAUCUACCACGACGCGGCUUGGGCGAAUGCCUACGAGGGCGACUACGACGAGGAGGGAUUCGAGCUCUACGAUGACGAUAAGUUGAACGGGCUGCAACGGGAAGGACCUCCUUCCCAUCGGAACGGUCGAAAGGCGAAGAGAGGCAACUCUCGAGUGGCCUCUCAACUCGGCGAGCUGGUGAUGAUCGCGGACAUGCAGGCCAUCACCGGCGGGAGUGGGCGAGGAUCCAUCCUCGACUGGAAGUCCCGAGCAGGACAACGAGUUUGCCGCAGCACUUUCAGCGCUGAGACCCAAGCGUGUGUAGAAGGGCUUGAAGGAGGUCAGUACGUACGAGCGAUCUACGAAACCCUCUCCACCGGCAGCCUUGUGAAGAUCGAAGAUGCCGUCAUGCCCCUGGUGUGUCUGAGUGAUUGCCGGUCGCUUUACGACCAUUUGCACAGAGAGGGAGUCCCGAGGACUCCCGCGGACCGUCGUCUUGCCAUAGACCUUGCCGCUCUGCGCCAAGCGUUGCGAGAAGAGCGCUGGACCGAGCAUCUCCCUCUGGCAUGGAUCCCGAGCGGUCUGCAGUUGGGCGAUAUCUUGACGAAGCCUCAAGACCCCAAAGUCUGGUGGUCUAUGGUGAGGCAAGCUCUCACGAUCCCGAUCUCCAUAGUGGAGAAGACUGGCUUAGCCAGCAACGUUUUUCGAGACGGGCACCGCCACAGGAACUUCAAGCGGCGACCGCGCAGCAACCUGCUAGACCUGUGGACCCAGCUCCGCGCAACACUGGACCGAUUGGACGGUGACCCCGUUCUCUCCACUGGCACCGUCUCCAGCCAGGCAGCAGUAGCCCACCAACCACCAACACCUCAAGCCGCAGCGGAGAACCCAACGGCAUCAGAGGACGAGGACCCAGAAGAGCACGGCAGCGACCCAUUGGCCGAGGCUGGCCACGACCAGGAAAUCCAGGGAACAACCAACCAGCAACAGCCUGCAGCCCCCCACACACCGCAGCAGGGUUCCAACGGGCACGGCCCCGCACGACUACAGAUCGAGCAGCCACGGCCAGCACACCCAGCUCGGCAGGGGACCCAGCACACGACAGCGCAGGAGGGCCAGAGCAGGCAAGUCCAGGCCGCACGGACAAGCAAAGCAGAUGGCCAGAAGGAGGCAGAAAAGUGGCUCUACCCGCCUGGCCAGCGCAGCCGGCCACAAGCCCCACAGGAGGACACCAAUUGGGCUGACCUCCUCAACCGACAAACCCUAUUCCUGCCGGAGGGAGUGUCCCUCCUAGCAACCCCGCUCGGGGACUUCGCCAGCUGCGACCGCCAAAAGUGGGACCUGACCACCUCCCUGCUGCCGAGAGCCUGGCUCAUUGAAGUGGACGAGGGUCCGUCCAGGGCACCAGGCGUCGAGCAACCCCUCCCGGACAACAUCGACAUUCGAAGAGGGGACAGCUUCCUUAUUAUCGUCUGGGAAGAUGACGAUUGGACCCUGGUCGAAAGAACACCAGGAGACCUGUCCUUCCGGGGCAUUUUGCAGAUCCCCUCCCCCAUGGAGGUCCCCCCGAGCUUACACCGAAACUUACGGGGAUCCCUGAACGUCCCCGGGCAGGCCAAAGCCAGACCUCCACUGGCCCCCCAAAGCCAGGGUUACAGCGGCACCGACAGCGGGGACCAAACAGAACGCAAUUGGCCCAGCAGCGACGGCAGCGAAAGCGGAGGCCCACCGGAGGAGGAAGACAAAACUGAGCUGAUGCAGACUACCCACCAACAAAGCGCUAGCGUCAAGGCGAGUCCGAGUACGGAUUUGCAACAGGUUCAUGGUGCAAAUAUUGGGGAUGCGUCAGCGAAAGCAUUGUGUGUCCCGGCUGCCCCAAGCAUCCCGAGCCAGGUCGGACAAGUUGGCAGGGGUAGACAUGGGGAUAUGUACGAGAAGCGAUUGUUGGCAAGCCAUAUGCGGAUGGCCAAGUUAGCCAGAAGAACUUUUGCACUUGGGCGAGAUGUGAUUGCUUUGUUAGAUGAUUCCAAAUUCAUUUCAAGCGCUGGAGACAUCAUUGGUGUACGAGCUGAGCAUCGUUCAAACGGACUUGUGCUUCAAUUGUCCAAGGUAUCCAGGCAUGGAAAUCGAUACAAACGUAGCAUCACAUGGGCUGAGUUCUUGGAGGCUGCUUUCGGGCGAUUUAAGCGCAACACAGCAGUGGCCACUUACCUGAAUAAGGGUGAAAGUACCAUCAAGAACAUGCAGGUCUUCGUUUCGGGGACAUGGAUGAAUCAACAAGCUUUGGUUCUGGCGAAACUCGCAUCUUUGACGAGGUCCAAGCGGCCACUGGUGGUUUUUAAACACAUGAAGUUCGACGAGACAUCCCUUUUGUGUUCUCUGAACCCGGACAAAAGCAAGACCAGAGCCCGCAGCACAUGGCAGACCAUGGUGUAUCGCUUGAGAGUGGUGGUGGUUUGGGAGUCAGGUGAGAGUUUGGUGCUGCCACUUGUCCUUCCUCCAAUCGUGAUGCUGUCCACUGGAGCUGCACACCAAUUUUACGCAUUGCUUCAUCACCCGAGUUUCCAAUGUGUGAACCGUCUUAUCGCAGUGCUACAGGAUGCAUCUGAGGAAGCAUUUGACCUUCUUGAAGCGGAUGGCGCAAGAAGCAACGAGAAAUUACUCGCUCAUCUAUACCAACUUGCCAAAAAUCAGAAGAAGUUGAUGUCGCAUGCCAGAUGCCAAAACCACGCUACCCAGCUCAUGAACGUGGCUUUGCUUACCAGCCUUGACACGAACACCUUAAACCGUUUAUAUGCCCUUUCGAUAUUUCUUAGGAAUCUCGGAUAUUGGAGCAGAAUGCAGCAAGCUCUUCGGCAGUGGGUGUCCGAUUCCCUGGUUUUUCGACAAGAUGCUGCCCACAAGUCUGAGCUGCCACCGUGCAACCCUCACGUCCAAGAGUUCGUGGAUUACAUGCUGUUUUGGAAAGAUUUGGAAUCUGAGGCUGCAGAUCACGACCGGCAAGAUUGUGUUCGGAAGCUUGUAAGCGCCUUGACAGAUGCCUUUUUGUCCUGUAUUCCGACGGUGCCGGUGCCGUCGAAAUGGACCACGAUGCAUAUGUCUAUCGAUUUCUGCAUGGGUGGAUUUCUUCUCUCAAGAUGGUUGCCGGAUGUGUUCAGUUUGGCCUUCGGCAAUCUUCAAUUCGCUGAAUUCGAGGAGGGUGCCCAGAACAUGGUUUUGUUUGAGAUUCUGGACCCAUCUGUGAGUGUGGUCGAAGGACUGCUGCAACACCUUGGGGAGAUGGCAAUGAGCAUCACUGGGCAGGGUCGCUUGAAGCUUCUUUGGUCGCCGUACUCCACAUACGAAGAGUUCUGUUUAUGCGAGCCUGGCAAAGUACGACAACUUCGGCGAGCAUUGCUACUCAUGUCUGGUUGGAUUUACCGCCGACAGUAUACUUACAUACAUUCUUUACAAUAUGCCAUUGCUGUACUUGGAGACCCCGAUGCAGAUCCAGGCGUUGCGGCGAAGGUGGCUCGGGAGUGGGAUAGUAAAUCUUGCUGCUGCAUCCCACCUGGUGUGGCUCGCACCUUGAAACAAAGACAGUUGUCUGCGGCAGACCUGUCUACGAGCCGUUGGCGCACACUGCUUUACUUCUACGGUAGCACACUGAAUUGGACGAUCGCUGACGUUGAACAGACCCAUGCUGUGAACAGGUUGAAUGCAGGCAGCUCAUUCAGCACGAUAUGUGCAAAAUACAUCAACACAGCAGCUCUUCGGCAACACCAGGGGGACAGUGUCGCACACUGCAAAAAAAAGCCUGGUGAACAUGUUGUGGAUCUUGUUACUUCGUCGCAGGCUUUCGACCAGAUCGAGGUGCGAGCAUCGAAGAAGCAGAAGAGCCUGAAAUCAUUAUCUGCUUUGGAGCUUUUCCGCAAGGAUUUCUUGAAGAGACGCCUCUUGGUUGGCAAACUGAACCCAUGCAGCAAAGAAGUCUGGCAAGAGGUCCGGAAUGAGUUCAACCAGCUGACAGACGAGCAGCGGCAGGUGUAUCAGAGUCUUUCUGCUGAUUCUGCUGCAGCUGCGGCAACUGCCCGAGCGACCGCACGAGCUGACUUUGCAGCACGACGAAAUCAACAGGAGCGAGUGCAAGGCACUCGCACCGCUCCCAGGCCAGAUGGCGGAGAUGCUGAAGCUGAAGAUUUGGACCUCAUGGAGGCGAAAACCUUAGCAGAGGCAACGAGCAAAUUUGAGGCCCUUGACGUCUCGACACAUGGACAUGGCAAAGCAGCACCUGUGGGAAAAGCGAACUAUCCCGUGUCUGAAAAAGCGCUCCAAAACGUUUGGCAAAUGCAACGAAAGAAUGGAGUGACCUGGAAAUCUGCGGUGGAGAAGUUCCGAACUGAGACAGAGCGGAUUGCCCGGCCAAGCACACCAGAAGAAACCUUUCCUGAGCGGGUUGUGUAUGAGUCCUGCUGCGGUGCUCAAUGUCGCAUGCAUGCGUGUGUUCAGCGAGUGCAGCUGCAUGUGAAACUGAUGACUUCGUUCGGGAAGCUCGUGCAGAUGCACGGCAAGAUCACUGAAGCUGUGAAGGCGGACAUUUUGAUAGCCUGUGAAGUGAUCACUGCUCGGCGAGAGAAGGUCACAGUCUUUGCAUUUAUGACAGCAAUGUCAGCUCGUUCCGGGCGACAUCCGCCAGACCAGGUUUUUGUCAUUGCCACACCUGUCGAAGAGGAUGAGCAGAUCGGGGCGGGCAUUGAUCGAUUCAAGGAUUUGCACCUUCAGCUUUCCUGCCAUGAUUGGAGACCAAUGAAGAAGGCCUGGCUGCCCCCGCAAGGCGAUGGGUCUUAUCCUCGUGUUGGCAAGCUGCGGAUGUACAACACGGAUGAGUUCGCGAAAAUGUUACUGGACAUGAACCACGAAACGGAGUCAGGUCCUUGUCAAGUGUUGCUCACCAAGCUGUUGUUUCAAGACCUGUAUCCGGCGAGUGUACGUGUGAUCGGGCCGGAUGAGUCUGUUGGAGCAGUCAUGGUACAGGCUGGAGACGGGCCAGUGGCGGGGCCAGAUCCGAGUCUCCAUGGUCCUCCUUUGUGCGAGGAGACUGAUAUUGAUGACAACCAAACUGAUGAGACUCCUGCUCCGGAUCCCGAUGGCCAAGACUUGGGUCCGAAUGAAGAUAGUCUCGACAUUGAUCUGAUGGCCUUGCUAGCCGAAUCUGAGACGUUUCCACGUCGUCGUCGGCGGCACAACAACAACACGGGUUCUCGGCAUGCUCCAAAAGUUCCAAGCGAGGACGAUGAUGUGCUCGCAGAUCCUGAGAUGCAGGCUCUUCUGGGAGCUGACGAAGUAGAGGCCGAUUGCUGCAAUUACCAGUUAAUGGGGCUGAGGCUCGGCUAG